UACAAAUUGCCUGAAACAAGAUCGUUUUUUAAAUAUAAAAUCAGUCAGUUGUUAUCUUAUAGUGAAUAUCGCAAUAUUCAUAAACACAAUUGUUAACGAGCUAUCACAAACGCGUUCAAAAGAAAUAUAAAGCACAAAGAGAACCCGUCAAUUGUAUUGUUACACACGCAAAUUAAGGUGCAAUUCCUGGUGAAAAGUAGUAAAGUAAGUUUUAAACUAGGUGAAGAUAGAAAAGCUUCUCAAUCUAUUUCACUGUUCAUUUAAAUUAUUUUAAACAUGUCACAGUUUUUUGUUUUUUUAACACCUCGCUGUCCUCCACAGCUUCACCUUUGCUCGACCACAGUCAUGAAAUGUGUUGCAGUUAGCGAUAUAUUUGCAAUUCUGAUAUGACUGUUUGUGUCACAUUGUCACAAACUAGGAGUGCAGUGAAUUUAGGUCUAAAUGUCAGUCUCAAACAUAUUUGGCUCGCUUUCACCUGCAGUGUGAAUGUAGCUUAACUGAAGCUCCACACAUGGGAGAAACAUCUCGGCAGUAACAAGGCCUUCAGUGUCAAGUAAUCUACUGCUGACGAAAGGUCAUCUGACAGGCCAACCGGAUUUUGUGAAGCAGAACAUUUUAAAAACAAAAAAGAACAAAAAUAAUCUUUGACUAAUCAUCCUCAGUAACAGCUGGUAAACUGGCCAAGCGGGAACAAUUAUCAGACCAAAACACACAACCUCGUGUAGAGCACCUCUGCGCUAAAGAAUCUGUGCAAGAUCACAGUUCAACAUCCAGUCUGGAGAGAUAGAAAAAACGGGCAAAGCUGGCAGAGAAGAAAGCGGAAACAACAACUGAAACAAGAAGGCUAACUUCACUGUCACUUUAUAAAUGGCCUUUAAUUUUCAUGCAACGUAAACAUUGGUGGCAGAAAAACACGAAUGUUAUAUCAUCUGUAACUAAUCAUGACAUUAUAAUUUACAUUCAGUCCUUUCUGAUCCAAUUUUUUCUCUAACAGAUUAUUAAGCAACAAGUUAAAGCAGUGUUUACACUGAUUCAAGCAGGAAACAAGCCAUUGAAUGUACAGUUCUGCUGCCCUCUUUUGGACAAUACAAAAAACAUGUGUAACCCUCCAUCAUUUUAGUGUAUUGUGUGGUACAUAAGAACUACUGCUGCAGAGAGGUACUAAUUUCAUAAUGUGUAAUUAUUACGAUUUAGAUAAGAAAAAUAUAAAUUAGUUAUCUGGUCUGUGUGACAACACAGGCUGUUCCAAACUGUACAUUUGAAUGUCAUUACUAACACUGGCAUUCAAUUUAUUGUUUGAUUUCGAGUGUAGAGCAGUUCUUCCUCCCUAUUGCGUGAUGCCUCGUUCUUUCUUGGUGAAGCGAGGAGGGCUGCACCACCUUGGAAACAAGACGAGGUCCUGGGAUACAUCCCUGGAGUACUCCACAUCAGUAACGCCAGAGAAUAAAGCACUGCCCAUCGCAUUACUGCUGCAGCCUGCUGCAAGCCACUCUAAUGGAAGUGACCUUCAGCCAUUCAGUCCCAAAUCUUAUGACUGUAGAUCUGCUGAGCCCUGCAGUCCUGUCAACUCCAAUACUUUUAGUCCUGUGGAAAAAGUGGAGUCUCGCCCUCUCACACCAGCAGUAUGGUCCAGACCUCAUGUGAGCUCAGGGUAUCCAGACAAACUGUCUGUGGGACUUGGAGAAUUGAGCCAGCACCCUCACAUCCUGAGGGAGACCAGGAGCAGCGACUACGUGAAGAUCAGUGCUGCAAGACAAGAGUGUCCACUCUGUAGCAAAAUAUUUUCAUGUCUUUCAAGUUUGAAGACUCACAUAUGCAAGAGUCAUGGAAGCAGAGCACCAGCACACGGCAAGUCUAACAGGGCCGAUAGUGAGCUGUCGCCAUCCAGGGUCAAGGAGAGGACGUUUGGCUGUACGGUGUGUGGAAAAGUGUUCAAGCGCUCCUCCACCCUCUCCACUCAUCUGCUCAUACAUUCAGACACCCGGCCCUACCCCUGCCAGUACUGUGGCAAGAGGUUCCAUCAGAAGUCUGACAUGAAGAAACACACCUUCAUACACACCGGCGAGAAGCCCCAUGUGUGUCAGAUAUGUGGGAAGGGAUUCAGCCAGAGCUCCAACCUCAUCACCCACAGCCGUAAACACAGGGACGACCGGCCCUACCGCUGUCCUCGCUGCCUCUACGGCUUCCAGCACAAAGUAGACCUUCGGCAGCACCAAGAGCACCAUUGCACCGACCGCUGACUCUUACACAUCUUUAGCCUUUUUUUUUCAUAACCAGCAGAAACAUAUUCAGGACAAAAAGCUACUGACUGUGUUGACUACUUGUUCCGAGCAGUACCAACUAUUAUUCUCAUAUUAAAUACAGUGUUUUAUAUUAACAAAAUAUAUUUAUAUGCAAGAAGGUUACUAUUAUUUGUGAUUUAUUGUAAUUAACAUGUCAAGACCAAACAUAAUAAACGUCAUCAUGUGAAUUGUAACAAAA